AUGACUUCAGCAUUCAGGCAAUUGGCACUUAGCCAUUCACAGCAACCCACAACCCAGGCAGUGCCAACAGCAAUGAUUUGUGGACUUUGUUUUUGUUCAUCUCACACUACUGACAUUUGCCCUUUGUUGCAGCAAGAGGGAAUUUCUUUUGUUUUCGACCACGUGGCAGUAGCAAAUAAUUUUCAGCCCCGAUCUCAAUUUUACCAACAGCCAUCUGGGAAUAAACAGCCAUACGAUCCUUUUUCUACUACAUAUAAUCUCGGAUGGAGAGAUCACCCUAAUUUGAAAUAUGGGAAUCCAUAUUAUCAGCAGCCAUAUCAGCAGCAGCUAUAUCAUCAACUAUCUUCUUCAUCCCAGAGACCAGCAGUGUGCCCACUUCCUCAACUCCCUUACCGUCCAUCACAACUUCAAUUGCCCAAACCAGAACUUACCACACAAAGGCUGGAAGAGCUUAUACAGCAGAUGCAGUUAAUGACAAGUAAUCAGCAGAACUUAGAGAGACAAAUUGGACAGAUGGCGACAAGUAUCACUCAAUUGCAGUCACAGGGAUCGGGCCAAUUACCAUCACAAAUAGUGCUCAACCCAAAAGGAAAUGUCAGUGUUAUUACACUGCGAAGUGGGAAGUCCACUGGGGAAGUAGAGCUCACACCAUUAGCAUCAGUUACGAAUUCAGUAAGUUUGGAGCAGGAAACUGAACAAUCUGGGCACUUACCUUUUCCGCAGAGAUCUGUAGAAAUUGGGCAAAAGGAUGAUCGGAAGGCAGAGGAACUACGAGAGUUAGUGGAUACCUUCAGCAAAGUAGAAGUUAAUAUUCCAUUACUAAAAGUCAUUAAGCACAUUCUGAAGUAUGCAAAGUUUUUGAAAGACCUGUGUGUUCAUAAGAGAAAACUAAAGGGCAGCGAGCUAGUCAGUAUGGGUAAGAACGUUUCAGCACUAAUUCAGAUGAUGCCACAGAAAUGCAAGGAUCCAGGAGUCUUUACGAUACCUUGUGUUAUUGGGGAUAGUGAUUUUGGAGAUGCAAUGUUGGAUCUAGGAGCCUUAGUUAAUGUUAUGCUAAAAUCCAUUUUUGAAGCACUUUGUAUUGGACCUUUACAAACAACUGGAAUAGUUAUUCAGCUGACCAACCGUAGUUUAGUUCAUCCUGUUGGGGUGAUAGAAGAUGUCUUGGUGAAAGUAAAAGAUUUAAUUUUUCCAGCAGAUUUUUAUAUUUUGGAUAUGGAGGGGAAUGUCUCUCCGGGACAAGCACCAUUAAUUCUUGGAAGACCGUUUCUAAAAACUGCUAGGACUAAAAUUGAUGUACAUGCCGGGACACUUACCAUGGAAUUUGGCGAUACAAUAGUACAAUUCAAUAUUCUAGAUGCAAUGUAA